AUGUAUAUUCAAAGGUCAGAGAUUGUAAUGCCCAAACCGCUCUUCAUCAUCGGUGAAGGAGCGAAUGGGAAAGUGUACAAAGCAGAGUACGAUGGAAAACCAGUAGCAAUAAAAAUAAGCAAGGAAGAACGCAAAUCACUCGAAAACGAAUUUCGUAUUUACAGUCGUCUAAAACAUGAAAACGUACUCAAAUUCUACGGUGUCAUGGAAGAUGAAACGGGUUACUGCCUAGUUCUUGAAUACGCAUUCUAUGGCACGUUGAAGUCCUACCUCCAAACAGAAACCGUUUCUUGGAAAACCAAAGCCCAAAUAGCUCAUGACAUUUGUCGUGGAGUUCAAUACUGUCAUUUACAGACCAUUGUACAUUAUGAUAUAAAAGCAGAAAACGUCCUCCUGACGGAAGACUUGAAACCAAAAAUUGCUGAUUUUGGCAUAAGUCGAAGCAGAACGCAACAUGCGUUAGAUGGUAAAAUUGGAGGCACUAUGAGUUGGGUUGCGCCAGAGAGGUGUCAAUUACCUAAAUGUUCUAACCGUUCUCAUCAAUUUUUGCCCCCUCGAUUUCAAUUCUCAUACAAAACAGUUGCUCUCGACGGAAAAACGCCAUACAGUGAACUCACAUAUGACCACCUAAUAGCUGCAAAACGCAGUCGUGAUUGCAUCGACAGUCUCCAUCGGGAACUUGCCGAUGAUACUCCAGCUCCUUACGCGCAAGCUUUUGUCGAACUCACACGUUAUAAUCCUUCGGAACGUCCCUCACUCGAGUGGGUAGCAUACACAUUACAUCAAUGCUACGACAAGCGCUCGACAAAUCUCGACAUUUCACACGUAGACGAAACCGACCCAAUUCUUCCUACAUCGACAGAUCCGGUUCCACCCACGCGUCCGUUGCAUCAACGAUCAAGAAGCGAGAUGGUGGGAGAUGGAAGUAAUCAGAGUACGUCUCAGACGCUAAUGGAGCAACAUUCGGCACGAUCUUCUGUGGUUAAUGAAGGGUCGAACGAUUCGAUACCACCGACUAGUAAAGUUUGGAUAACUGUUGGACAAUCAUACUUUUUAGAUAAAUUCUAUAGUUUAUUCCUUGAGAUUGAGAAACCGGGUUUCAGAAGCCAGGCGUUGGAUUCGUGGUUUAAUGACAUGAAGAUAGCACCCUAUGCAAUGUUUGAACUGGUGACCAGUGCCAACAAUCAUGUACACUGGGAAUGUAUGGUUGGGUGGUGCCACGAGCAAGGUAUUGGAACAAUAAAGGAUCACGAAAAAGCCUUUGAGUGGUAUAAAAAAUCAGCCGAAAGUGGGGAUCCGAUAGGUCAAGCUCAUUUGGGCAUAUGCUAUCUGACCGAUGUCGGCCCGGAACACAACGAAGAAGAGGGCAAACGGUGGUUAACAGCUGCCGCCCAGGAAAAUUCGGCCCUUGGUCUAUACAAACUUGGACACCACAAUCAUUAUAGCAAACCUGAUCAAAGGACGCCUGCCAGCGAGAAGCUAGCCUUUGAAUCCUUCCAACGUGCUGCCGAAAUGAAGCAUAUUCCAUCACAAAUGGAACUUGGGAACUGUUACAUGUUUGGCGUCGGCACACCUCCUCAAUCGAAAAAAGGUUUCCAAUGUAUGUUGAGCGCCGCCGAGGCUGGAUAUCCAGAUGCUCAGUAUUGGGUUGGGUGGUGGUGCGAGAUUGGAAAAGGUACUCAGAAAAACGCGAGGAAAGCCAGAGAGUGGUAUACUCGAGCGGCGAGGAAUAGGUACCAUUUUGCGACGAAUGAGUUGAGGCGGUUAGAAAGGCGAUCGCAGUCGUGGUACGUAUUUUUGUCCAUUUCUACAUACAAUGUUAUUGGAUAUUUAUAA